AUGUUGAUAUCAGUCGCGCUAAACUUAGUGGUAGGCUGCUGGGCCUUUGCUACUUCAGGUCGUGCCUUUAUCGCAAAGAAUAUUGAUGCCCAUCUACCCUAUUCUCCACGAAAAUGGGAGCUCCAACUUACCAAGCGCAGCGAAUUGAUGGGCCACCCGAAACCUCGUAAGCUGCACAAACGGCCAUUCUGGGCCGAUAUGUUUGAUGAAGAAGUUGAAGUCGAGCCAUUAGGCCCACCGUGCCCGAAGCUAAUGGAGGAUGUUGUUAGAGGAGAAAGACGUCUGCGACUAACGUUAAAACGAUCGAAUAGACAAAUGUCCGCAACUAUCGUAGAUGAUGUAUCUCAUACAGUGCAUUGUUUCAUCUCUACGAAUUUCAAAUACUUGGCGCAUAUAUUCGGACAAGAACCGACGAAUCAUCCUAUGAUUACACGAAACAAAGGUGGAAAUGUACGCGCUGCAUAUGAAUUGGGGAAACUUAUUGGAAGACAAGCACGUGCUAAGGGUAUAUCAAGGGUUGUAUUCGACCGUGCUGGGUAUAGGGACAAUUAUAGGUAUCAUGGAAGGGUAGAAGCACUUGCCAUUGGAGCACGCAAGGUCGGACUAGAUUUCUAA